AGAACAAACCUCACCGUUUCUCUCGCUCUCUCUCUCUCUCUCUCUCCCCGCAUAUACAUUUUUUUUUCGCUGUUGGGUCAUGACGGUGUUUAACUCACGAAAACCGGAGCCGUAUAUAAAAGCAACCUGCACCGACUGUAAGACAGCAUUGGAGUUUCUUCCUGAUAAAGGAUUAGCAAGUCAAAAAGUCCAAGUGAAAUGCUGGUCCUGUGAAAAGGUUGUUGAGUACGAGCUCGAUGCUUCGGGCACCGAUCUCAAGAGCAACAGCAAAUCGAGCAAGCCAAAGUUUUCUCGUAAACGAGGCACUGGUAUGUUAUGCAUGACGUUACGGAGCCAUAGAAUUAAGGAAACGGAUCGUUCGUUCUGAUCGUUAGGCUAUUAUUAGACGAGAAUCCAGUGUCGACGGAAUACUACGACUUGUUAGGCGUACAGCCUACAGCUACCCAGGAUGAAAUUAAAAAGGCAUAUCGUAAAAUGGCCAUCAAAUACCAUCCUGACAAAAACAGAGACGAUCCUACUGCCGAGGAUAAGUUUAAAAAAAUAUCGGAAGCAUAUCAAGUCCUGUCAGAUCCAAAGCUACGAAAACGAUACAACGAAAUCGGCGAAGAAAACGGGCUGAAACCUGACGGCGGGUUUGUGGACCCUGAAGAGUUCUUUAGACAAUCGUUUGGCGGUGAACGAUUUGUGGAUAUCAUUGGAGAGAUUUCAAUUGGACGAGAUAUGCGCGAAGCACUCGAGACAGCGGACGCAGAAAGCAAUGAAAACGAACAGAACUUGACGCCCGAAGAGAAAGCUGAACGGGAGGCGCAGAAGGAAAAGAUGGAGCAGGAACGUGCCCAGACGAGAGCCAAACGCGUCGACACAUUGGUGACCAAGCUGAGCAAUAAGCUCAGUCUUUAUACUGAACGGCCGGACGAUACACCCGUGUCGAUUGCAGCAUUCACCAACAUUGUUCAGAUCGAGGCCGAAGAUCUAAAGCAUGAAAACUACGGUGUGGAGCUGUUGCAUGCGAUUGGUGGAACAUAUACCAUGAAGGCAAACCAGUAUCUGGGCAAGAGUAUCGCGUUUGGUCUGGGAGGCAUGUUCCACAGCGUGCGUGAAAAGGGAUAUAUCUUUAGCGAGACCGUGGGCACGUUGCGCACGGCAUUGGAUCUGCAGUCGAGCUUCAGUGAACUGGCCAAGGCUGAAGAGAAGGGCUUGACGGAUGAGGAACGGGGUAAACUGGAGGAAGAAGCGGCUCAAAAGGGUCUGCAAGCGAUUUGGCGCGGAUCAAAACUAGAAGUGGAAAGUGUGCUUCGAGACGUAUGUGACAAGGUGCUUAGCGACACAACCGUCAGCAAGGAAACGCGCAAGGAGCGUGCUGUUGCGCUGAGGAUCAUUGGCGGCGUCUACUCCAAAGUACGGCCAGAUGUUUCCCCUGACGAUAUCCCCAUGGACACGGCAGAAGCGCGCAAAUCGUCGUCUUCUACCAGUGCUGCAUAACACCCAUACAUAGACCUACAUACACCCUCACAUACUCCUCGCUCCCUCCUCUUCUUGUAAUAUUUUUUCUUUUUUAAUUUUUACACUUGGUCGAAUAACACACACGCACACAUUCCCGCUAUUGAAAAAGACGUAAACCAUGGACUACUAUGUUAGAGUGCGUAUGCGAAUGUGUUGAUGAGCGUAGCAAUGGUCGCACACACACGCACGCACGCACACCACAGGACACAUCCCCCACCCCAGAGUGUAACUCGGCAUUCACGCCACACGUCCUUAUUGGAUAUGUUUCGCGGGAUGUAGAAUUGAACAGUAUUAAUAAAGCGAG